AUGGCUGUCCCAGUUCCCGUUGAGAAAGCCUUCGACAUAAAUGAGCUCGAGCGUGCCGAUACCACCGUAUCGGCCACUUCUGAUAAGCUCAACGACGCGAAAAUCAAUGCCUUCACGCCGGAGGAACAAAAGAAAAUCAUGUGGCGCAUUGACAGACGGCUGGUACUCACUUUGGGCUUUCUCUACUGCGUCUCCUUGAUGGAUCGUACCAACACCGGUAUUGCUGUCGUCGCAGGGAUGGGAGUAGACCUCGUCCUUAUUGGCAACCGAUAUUCGAUUAUGGUGCUCGUGUUCUUCAUCACCUACGUUUUACUGCAGCCGCCUGCUACAGUCGUCCUACGGAAAAUUGGUCCUCGCAAGUUCUUGCCCACCAUCACCCUACUCUGGGGCAUGACGAUGUGUGCCGCCGGCUUUGUCAAGACCUGGACCGACUUGACCGGUCUUCGAGUCAUUCUUGGUGUUUUUGAGGCUGGUUUUUUCCCAGGCUGUGCCUAUCUCCUUAGCUGCUGGUAUCCUCGCUACGAACUCCAGAAACGUAAUGCCGUGUUCUACCUGAUUGGAUCCAUGGCGUCUGCCUUCUCUGGUAUUCUCGCCUACGGCUUCUCCCAAUUGAAGAACCACGGUUCUGGCCCGAAAUGGUGGGGCCAGCAUUAUGGUCCAACGGCCGAAGACCCCGAUGCGCCAUCGGGCAUUCUUCCUGGAAUCGCGGGAUGGAGAUGGAUCUUCAUCCUCCAAGGCACCCUCACCUGCGUCAUGGCCAUUUGCGCCUACUUUGUGAUUGUGGACUUCCCUGAAAAGGCCACAAACACGUUCGGCUUCAAGUUCUUGAAUCAAGCCGAGGUCGAUUUCGUCGUGGCCCGCAUCGAAAAGGACCGUCAUGAUGCGAUUCCAGAGGAGUUCCGCAUCGGCAAGUAUCUCAAGAAUGCUUUGGACUUGAAAGUCUGGGGUUUCGCUGCGCUUUUUGGUCUGACGACGACAAACACAUAUGCUAUUGCGUAUUUCCUCCCGAUUAUUCUCAAUGACGGAAUGGGUUUCGAUGUUGCCGAGUCACAGUGCCUCAUUGCGCCCCCUUAUGUUCUGGCUGCGAUUGUCAUGUAUACUUUCGCCUACCUGGGCGACAAAUGGCAUCUUCGAUCACCAUUUAUCCUGGCAAAUGGUUGCUUGCUCCUGAUUGGCCUCCCCCUUCUCGGCUACCUGGACAAUGUCCCUGUCCGAUAUUUCGGCGUUUUUAUCGCAACGGCUGCUUGUAAUUCUAAUGUACCCUGUACGCUCACAUGGCAAGCGAAUAACAUUCGUGGGCAAUGGAAGAGAGCGCUCUGUUCGGCCACAUUGGUUGGCGCUGGAGGUAUUGGGGGGAUCAUAGGAAGUACAGUUUUCCGCGAACAGGACAAGCCCAAAUACCACCCAGGCAUCCUCACCUGCAUGAUAUCAAGCGCUCUGAUCAUCAUCAUCACCCUUGCUUUGGACCUGAAGUUCUAUCGGGCCAACAAGAGAGUGGCUGCUGGCGGCAAGCCGAUUGAGGGUCUUGCAGGAUUCCGUUACACAUACUGA